AUGAAGUCAGUGCAAGCUAUGAAAAGUUUUUGUAAGAAAUCGUUAAAUAAUUUCAGUAUUUGCUGUCAAAAAAACCCAAUUACUUUGCAAGUUCGACAUAGUGUUAGUGCAUCGAGUUCACUAAAUUUUAGAAGAUAUUCUCCUCUAAUAAUAAAUAUACGAAAAUUAGGACUUGGCCCUACUUCAAAAGAUUUCGAAGAACCAGGACAGAUAUCAGGACCUCUUACUAAAGCUCACGCAACAGAAUUAGUUCUACGUUUAAACAAUGAAGAAAGAAAAAUGUUAUUCAAUGCCUUACAGGAAUACGAAUCUAAUAGAAUAAAAGAAGAAUUUGAAGAUAAAUUAGCUGGCCAAAGAUGGAGAAGCAAGCUUGGUAGACCUAGCAAAGUUCCUACUUUGGGAGAUGUGGAUCCCACUGGGACCUACUGUCCUGUUCCAGAAGACUGGCUCAAGAAAAAAUAUGUGUCAUUGGCAAAUUCAAUACCAUUCAUUGGAUUUGGUUUCCUGGACAACUUCAUCAUGAUAAUUGCUGGUGACAGCAUUGAAAGUAGUAUGAGUGCAUAUAUAACACUAUCAACGAUGGCUGCCGCUGCAUUAGGGAACACCUUCAGUGAUGUAAUAGGUAUCGGAUCCUCAUAUUACGUGGAGCGCGCCGCCGCUAUGGUGGGGCUGGGGGCACCCGCACUGUCACCUGUACAGCUUGACAUGCCCACCAGCAGGAGGUUUGCUAACAUGGGCCGUGUUUUAGGCAUCACUCUUGGCUGUUUCCUGGGCAUGACACCGCUGCUCUUCAAAGAUGACGAGAAGAAACCUGAAACGAAGCAAUGA